AUGAUGCACAGUCCGAACAAUCGCGAGAGACCGGCUGCAAAUCCUGAUGUAGCUGCUAGCCCCGCCAUCGCAGCACCAGCCCCGACUUCUUUUAAUGUCUGUUCGCCAGCCGCGUGUGGCGCUUCUACCGAUUCGCCUGAUUUCCAAGUAGAGGCGCUGAACGCCAUGCAGCUUAAACCACCCGAGUUGGAUGCCGCUGAUAUCCAUACAUUUUUCUUUGCCUUGGAAAACUGGUUUGACGCUGGGAAUAUUCCGUCGAAUCAACAUACUCGACGCUUCAACAUCCUUAAGACGCGCAUCCCUAUUCGAAUACUUCCUGAGCUUCGUCACCUUCUCGAGAGUGUACCCAGUAACGACCGCUACGAAGCCGCUAAAAGAGCCAUCGUACUACAUUUUGAAGAGUCGCAGCGUAGCCGGCUACAUCGACUGUUAACAGAAAGUAGUCUUGGGGAUCGGAAACCGUCACAAUUACUGUCCGAGAUGCGACGCACCGCCCACGGAGCGAUGACAGACUCCAUGCUAGUAGACCUCUGGGUUGGACGACUACCACCUUAUGUGCAGUCUGCGGUAAUCGCUGCUUCAUCAAACAUCGAAGAGAAGGUGAGAGUAGCCGACUCAGUAAUGGACUCCAUCGCGUUAUAUCACCGCACCGGUCCUUACCAAACCGUAUCCGAAGUGCGUUAUGAGGAAGUGGAGCGGCUCUCACGGCAGGUAGCUGAGUUGAGCCACCGAUUGGAGGAGGUGCUUAGCCGAGACAACAACCCGGUGCGCGUACGACCUCGGGCACGUUCUCGCCCACGCCAGGUGAACCGUUCCGUUAAUCCAACUGUGGGGAAGCUGUGCUACUACCACGAGCGGUACGGUCAUGUAGCGCGCAACUGCCGAGCUCCUUGCUCCUUCAAGGACCGAGCACAAGGAAGCACCACGCCAUCCACCUCCUCGUGA